GCGAGCCCGGCGGCCCCUGCAGAAGAAUUAAACAAGACGCAACAACAGGGAGGAGGGUGGUGGAAUGUAAACAACAACAACAACAACCCUACCCGCCACCACGCGGCGUGUUGUUGCGUGACGAAAGUAGCAGCAGCGUCAUCACCACGUGUAGCGUCAUCAUCAUCACCACGUGUAGCAGCAGCGUCGUCAUCAUCCACGCAAUGUCUGCCGGCAGGGAUGACUCCUCCUCCUCCUCCUCGACCUUCUACGACGGCGAGGAGCUGCACUGCGACUGGCACCAGUCCACGCUGCCCAGCGAGGACAUUUGGAAGAAGUUUGAGCUCCUGCCCCCCGCGCCGGACGGAGCGAACUCAACGCCAACGCCGCCGCCCUCGGGCGAUCCGAGCCGCGAUGGCGGCGAAGUGGCGAGCCGCGGCCACGUCUGGGACCCCGCCGCUGCAGUUUGCCGGCGCCGGCGACUGCGGCGACUGCGGCGGCGGCGUGGGAGCCGUGGAGCCGUGGGAGCCGUGGGAGCCGUGCUGCUGCGGGACUGCAUGUGGAGCAGCGCCGCCUCCUUGGCCAGAGCCACGCUGGAGCGGCUGGCGCCCGCCGACAAGUCGGCGCCGCCGCCGCCGCCCGCGGUCUCCCGCGCCGUGCCGAGCCCCACGGCCGCCGCGGUGCCCGCCGAGAUGCUGCCCUUUGAGCCGGGAGGGCGGCACCUGCCGGCCCGAGGGGCGGGAGAUGGGGAGAUUUGUCGUGGACGGGGCGAUGUCUCCCGGCAACGAGACGUCCAGCGAUUCGGGCAGACUCAUCCCCCCAGAGAUGAGCCCCACAACUGUGGUGUCAUCAGCAAACUUCACAAUGGUGUUGCUAUGGUGGACGGCGGCACAGUCAUGUGUGUAGAGGGAGUAGAGCAGGGGCUCACGGGCGAAGAAGAGGUUCAACUCCUCUGCCAGAGCGUUGUCACCAUCAGCAGCUCCGCGGUUGGCCCUGUAGUUGGUGAGGUGCUGGACUCCCUGCCACACCUGCCUGCUGUCGUGACUGUCCAGGCGUUCCUCAAUUCUCCUCCUGUAGUCUGCUUUGGCCUUGCAGAUGCCUCUCUUCAGGUCCUGAUGUUCGAAGACCCCAGUCGUCCUAUCAAAGCAGUCCUGCAGCUGCUGGGUGGCACCCUCAGGCCAGAUGGCGACAGUUUUUGUGUGGUAGGAGCCGUUUUCUUGAUGGGGGCGUAUGCAGGGAUCAAAAGCAGGGACAAAUGGUCAGACUGGCCCACGUGCGACGAUGACGACGACGCGGAUGAGGAAGAUGGAGAGAUUGACGUGGUGACCGUGGAGGAGGGGAGCCACGCCACAACGAGCGUGGCGCUACGCGCCGUGCACGACACAAACACGGCCCCCCGGUACAACGACAACAACCGGCGGCAGCGGCGGCAGCAGCGGCGGCGACUCGCCCCGCCGGCGUCCACGCCGCCCGUGCACCAGCAGCAGCACAACUACGCCGCCCCCUCGCCGCCUGCGCGCGGGGCGAAGACGCCGCCCCCGCCGGCGCCGCGGGGAUCCGCGCGGAGCCGGGGCGCCGCCGGCGGGGCCGGCUCGUCCCGCGCCGUCUCGACGGGGAGCGGCGGUGGCCCUCGGAGCUCCGGCGGCUCGGAGGGGCUUGGCGAGCGGCACAACGACCAGGAGCGUCGGCGGCGCGACUCCAUCAAGAAGGGUUUCCAGUGGCUGCGCGGCGGCAUACCGGAGCUGGCGCACGACGAGAAGGCGGCCAAGGCGCAGAUCCUGAAGCGCGCGAUAGAAUAUUCGCGCACCCUGAAGCGCGAGGAGGAGAGACUCAAGGCGGAGAAGCGGCGCGAGCAGAUUCGACGUCGGGAGCUGCUGGCGAGGCUGGAAACCCUGAAGAACUCGUUGGCCGAGCGGUCUCCAUUUGCAUCUCGUUUAAAGACUUUAAACCGAAAGUUACUUUGUUUUGAUAUUGGACGAAAGCCUCUGGCGACCGGCACAGUUGAGCCUCUUUGCCAUUGA